AUGUCUCUUCCAUCUAGGCGCCUCGGAACUGAUGGUCCCUUCGUCACAGCCAUUGGCUUCGGUGCGAUGGGCAUCAGCGCUUUCUACGGAGCCACGGAGCCUGAUGAGGAGCGUUUCAAGGUUCUUGAUCACCUUUACGAAACCGGAGAGAGAUUUUGGGACACUGCCAAUGUCUAUGGAGACAGCGAGGAACUUAUUGGCAGAUGGUUUGAUCGCAAUCCCGGAAAGCGGAAAGAUAUCGUGCUUGCAACCAAAUGGGGAAACCUGGGAGGGGGCAAGGUUCGAAAUGAUACUGAAUACGCUAAGCAAUGCGCUGAGGAGAGUUUGAGACGCCUUAGAACAGAUUACAUCGAUCUGUAUUACGUCCACAGAGUUGAUUCUAAUGUUCCCAUUGAGAUAACCAUCAAGGCCAUGGUCGAACUGAAGAAUAAGGGUUGGGUUCGACAUCUGGGCCUCUCCGAAGUCUCAGCUGAAACAUUGAGAAGAGCUCACGCUGUGCAUCGCAUCGCUGCCGUUCAGAUGGAGUACAGCCCUUUUGCCUUGGAAGUUGAAUUGCCAGAGACAAACAUGCUCAAGACAUGUCAAGAGCUCGGCGUCGCUAUUGUCGCCUACUCUCCUCUUGGCCGAGGAUUCUUGACUGGACAAAUUAAAGGACCCGAAGAUUUCGAGGCUGGAGACUUCCGAAUCAAUAUUCCUCGAUUCUCACCUGAGAAUUUUCCUAAGAACCUAGAACUUGUCGCCACUUUGAAAGAGAUUGCAGCUCGACACAACGCCACUAAUUCACAACUGGUCCUUGCCUGGCUCUUAAAGCAGUGGGAUAUGGUCAUUCCGAUCCCCGGCACUAAGAGGAUCAAGUACUACGACGAAAACAUGGGCGCACUGCAACUGAACAUUAGCGAUGAGGAGAAUGCAGAGAUCAGGAAAGCGAUUGACAAGGCAACAAUCAUUGGUAGCAGGUACCCUCCGGGUUGGGAAGCAGCUUUGUUUGCAGACACUGUUCCAUUGAAGGAAUAA